UUGGGUUUGAGUUCGCAAUAUGCAACCAGCAACCAACAGUAUUCACGACAGCCGACCCGACAAGAACAUCCAUGCAGACGGUUGCCCUGAGCGAGGAGGACGGAGUCAACUGCUUUAUAAGGCAGCUGAAGAACCUGCUGAGCAGGCUUCGAGUCUCACUGCUUCAUAUGAGGCCCAGUUGGGAGGAAAAAAGCACUUGUUGUUUGAUAUCCAUCUUCCUCAUUGGGGAUCCCGUGGUCGAGCCCUAACGUUUCCGUUUUGAGCAAAAGCCGAAUCACGGGGCUCAGAGAUCCCGUGACCGCGAUAACGCUGCCUUGUAAGGCUGCGAGGUGUCUGCAGAAUAUAGACUACAUGCGCCACAAAUACUCCGCGAAUUAAUAUUGCUGCCUCAGGAGCCGGCAGCAAUCGCAAAAAUACGAAUAACACCAACGGAUUGGCUCACGUCGUGUGCUUGUGGCGCGGAUUAUCCCUGCUGGGCUCCAGGCGUCUACGAUUAGUUAUUGGUGAGUCAUUCCUACACAUAUCUCCACAUUCCUUGGUAGCCUGCGGCCACCCAUUCUGGGUUGGAGGACAAGCCCUUUUGCGACUGGAUGCUGUUUACGGGAUGAAUAUAUCCAGCUAUUCAAGGCCACAGCCCGAGUCAUGGCGCCGUUUGACUGAUAUAGUUAGGUAGUGUCAGAGACUCCUUGUCUGACAGGUGUUGCCACUAUGGGAAUCGUCCAAUGAAUGACUGGCCUGGCGCGGAUAUUCGGUAGUCCCCAAUACAUGACCAUCGUUGAAGGGGGUAUAAUUGAUUGCUUACUCCUAGCAGAGCCUCACGAAUCGACAUCCAUACAUAUAUAACUGGUGCUUCCCUCCUCCACGCCUUCUGGCGUUUGUACCUUAUUUGCACUACUCUGUACAUCAAAUUUGACUGCUUGAAUAUUCCGCUAUGGGUGAUAAGAUCGGAUAUCCAAGUCCCCAAAGAAGCGAAAGCCCAGAGAUCACGACAGGUGUUCUCCUUCCUAUGGAACCCAAAAUGGCCCAAGAGGUAUCGCCAGCCGUGGUUGAUGGUUCUCGACCCAGAUUAGCUGUAAGGCGGACGAGAGAACCACCCAAAACUGCUACUGGUCAGAUAUACUGUGACCAUCCUGAUUGCCGCAAUCAUAUCCCCUACUUCAAGAGGCCUUGUGAGUGGAACAAGCACAUGGAUAAGCAUGACCGUCCAUACAAGUGCACGAACCCAGAUUGUGGCAAGAUGCUAGGGUUCACCUACUCAGGGGGCCUACUCCGCCAUCAACGUGAAGUUCAUAAAAUGAACAGCAAGGGGGAGAAGUUGAUGUGUCCCUUUCCAGACUGUAAUCGUAGCUCUGGGAAAGGAUUUACCAGACAGGAAAACCUCAAGGAACAUCUGCGUCGCCUUCACAGAGGAGGAGACGGUCGAUCUCCAGAAGAUCCUGCUUCUCCAGAAGCACACGAGAACGGCACCGUGCUAUCGCCCCUCCACCCUCCUAAAAGGAAACGCGGUAGUAGCAAAUCUUACUCUUCCUCAGAUGAAGGGCGUUCGAAUCCUCCCGAUCUCCGUGAAGAAAUUACUCGACUUCGGCGGGAAGCUAUGCAAAAAGACUCGAGGCUGGAUGAACUGGAAAAAGAGCUGAGGCAGCUACGACAACUGAUCCAGAACGGUUGAACGGUAGACGGAGUAUAUACGGAUAUAACGACGAAACAACAGAGCAGCGAUAUCUGCACAACCAAGAGCACCCGGCAAGAUGAGUCGGCCCAUUCUGAACCGUGGAAAUUUAACUCAAUAUUUUAUGAGGCGAUGUCCCCAUUUUGUUUCAUUUUACUUUUUGUUUGAGCAUAGUUUUGUUUUUGGCAUAUAGCGACAGGCUCAAAUUUGUACUUUUCAACUUCCUCAGAUUUCAUAUUUUUAUACUAUUUGGUUAUGGGAGCAUGGAAUUUUCCUUAUCCUUCUAAAUUCCACCCAGAGCCCAUCACGUUUCUUUACUUUCUCUGAGACUCUAUGCUAUCCAUAUACCCCCCUAUCUACACUUUUUCUAUCGCUGAUCAUACUCAUUGCGUUACUCCACUUAUCAUUAUACCCAUUCCCCAUUUUUCAAAUCUAAGAUCUACUUUGCAUAAACAUUAGAAUGUUUCCCCCCUCCCCCCUCUCCCCCGGUCCGAUUUCCUCAAUUACACUUAUCACUGCCCUCUUCCCGCUAUUUAACGCAUCAUUUCUUCCUACGCGGCACUUCCUCUUGCCAUCUAGCACCACGUCGCGUCCCCUCUAACGCCACCAUUGUCUCCUCUCUUGGCAUAUACCAUUACUAUAUAAAUAUUGAUGAUUACGGCAUUCCUUAGUUUUUAAUGUCAUAUAAACGUUAGCGUCUUAACCUCUUUACUUAUCUAUUGUGGCUGAGGCUUAUCACUCAUACACAUAACGCACGAACUGACUGUCAGAAAUAUAUAAUAAUGUGAACCGAAUCUCCAUGAGCUUACUGUCCAGAUAAGUGGCAGCAUGUUGUGUAUUCGAAGGGGGAUCUAAAAUCCUAUAACCAGAAGAAUAUCAAAGCCACAUACGGGCGAAAAGCAAUUUUAAUGUGCAAAGGAAGAACGCGUCAACGGAACCCCGCUUAGCUGAUCAAUGUUCCUGGUCUAUCAUCCAUGUUAUCCAGCACCAAUGGAAGCCAGCUAAGCAACUGAAUUGGGUCCAGUAGCCAUUCAUCUCUAAAUCGUGUCAGGGACAGUUGUUGCACCCAUGGAGCAGUACCCCAUACUUCGUAUGGAUCCAUGGCUUUCCCCUCGGAAUGACGUUUUACCUAUAUUUUACACGCCUAAAGUCUGAAAAUCCGCAAUCGGCCUCCGGAGCAACUCUCCAACAAAAAAAAAAAAAAAAAAAAAAA